GGCGCUAGGCCGAGAUGGUUUGUUUCUUCCAAACCGAGUGACUGUUUAUCUGUCUACUCCGUACCUAGGAAGAAUGGGAACAGUGAUGGAUGGGGGUGUACCUGUGACGAUGAGAAGAACAGACGGGAACAUGUCCUAGGUGUAAAUAAAAAAGUACCCAGCGCAGAAAGAGCCAAGAACUCCGCAGACAGCUUCAGGUCGACCCGCCCGUAAAACAGAGCUGGAGCACACCACUGACACUUCCCUGUCACCCUGUUCGCUGCCCCCGGUCCCCGGCGACUCCACUGUUCGCGCACCGCUGCCCGCCCGCGGGAAUCCACCCUCGGCUUCCCACUGUCCACUGCCUGUACUGUCCGUUGUCCGCUGCCCACACCCACAGCAACACCCACGCCCACACCAUCCUCAACAUCACCACGUCCGGACCGCACGAUACUAUCUCCGAUUUUCCCACGUUCGAGCCGGCUCGUGAUCACGCUCGACCCCCGAUUCCACUUCCCAUACCUACCGCGCCCGUUCGAUUGACCAGCCCGUUGCCCUGUCGCCAUCAUAUGCGGGCAACAUCACGACCAACCUACUGUCUUUUCGAGAGAUGUGCUCGUGUCUGAGCCGCGAAGAUAAGGUCGCUUCUCGGAGGCUGGGAUAAACUCGGAGGACAACCACCGAUUUCGACAUCGCGAGGCGGUAUUAUUUUCUUCUGUCACGGACUGACGCCAGAGAGGCCUUGUCGCUACCGCCGAGCUUGUUGACGGGAACUUUUGACAAUUUGCGCGCGCGCGCACGAGCUUUCUUCGUUUCUAGUUGCUUUGCGCACCACCUUCCAAGCAGAGCUUGACAUUGUGUUGUUCUUCUUCUUCGGUUGCUUGCGUGCAGUUAUUCGGUUGGCAUCCUCAGGUUCCUUCCAAAGCUUCCGCAGACUACGGUCCAGCAGUUUAAACAGCAAACCUGCCUUUUGGGCCGCGGAAAGUUUGGUUUUCCACCUCCAACACCACCAAGCAAAGGUCCGGAUUCUUCCCCAUCAUCGAACACGCACCGCACCAACAUCCGCAUCCUCCACUUUUUGUGCGGCAACGAGAGAAGAGAAAAGGCACCGCCAACGAGACGUCACCAACUAGAGAAACGAGCUACACGACCGACCGCACCACUAAGAUACGAGCGCUCAAAUGUCCCAACAAUGAAGAGAACGAUGGAUGGAGCGAAGAAGAAUGCAGAAGAUCUCGUGGCCCAGCAUAUUCUUCCCAACUGCCCGUACCAUCUCUCGUUGUACCACAACCGCCAGUACCCCAAGGCUGAGGAGUGGUGGUUUAACGGCCCCAGCGCCCGCCUGCAGUACCAGACCUUCUCGUCCGAUGCCGAGCGUGGGUUUUUGUAUACUGUACCGCCGUGGGUCAUUGUCGAGGAGGAGCAGGCCGCUCAGAUGCCGCCCAGACCGGUCCCCAAGACGGGCGAGAGGAAGAAGAUAACGCUUUCCGAGGCGUUGAAGAGGAAGCAGUCGCCCAUGUCGCCCAUGGGGAAUAAUAGUAGUAGUGAGACGCCGGUUAGAUCGGAGAGCCGGGUGGCGAACGGGAGUGGUGCUCACAAGCCGCCACCACCGCCGCCAUCGAGGGAGAGGGAGAGGGAGAGGGAGAGGGAGGUUGUGGUGAAGAAGGAGAGUUUGAAGCCAGUGGAGAGGUCAGAUGCGCGUCGGGUGGUUUCUAAGACAGAUUCCCGGCCGGAUUCCCGGGUGGAAAGGCCACCACGGCCAGAAGUGAAUGGGGACAGAAGUAAACAUCCCCCACCGCCACGGUCGCAGCCCGAACCCGAGAGCAGAAAACGUGUCGCGGAUACUGAAUCGAGCUUGCCCCCACAAAAGCGACCCAGGAGCGAGCAGGUCAGCACCUCAAAGCUCGACCGCGAAUAUGGCCGGCAGCCAAAACCGGAACCACCACGGGGUCGCGAUAGAGGGGUCCCUGAGAGAACACAAAGAGAGCGAGACACAAAGAAUGAUUCACUGCGUCCAACCACGAAUGGCUUGGCGCCUGCGUCGACGGACAGGGACAGAGAAAAUACUGCGUCUCCGAGAUCAACAAUACAAGUUAAUGGGUCGAGAGUCCGGCCAGAUAGUGGCAGAUCCACUCCUCGAAAAGGAGAAGGGUUGACGAAGUCGCUGUUGCCCGAGUUAUUAUCACCACUUCACCCAAGUCUGGAGGCCGAGCUCGAGGAGCACAGGCCGAGGAGAAAGCUGGCGGACAAGGCGCCACUGCGAUCACAAAAGGCGGACGGGGGCCCGCCGCCGGCGAAGAAGAGGAAACCGCCUGUGCUGCCGGAGCUUUUGUCGCCGACGCUGCCCGCGAUUGUGGAAGAGGCUUUGAUACAGAGCAACCAGACGCCGGCCAGAAAUCAGUCGGGGAGUCAGUCAGAAUCGUCUCCUAGCAGCGCAAGAAAGACCAUCAUUGCGGCCCCGUUGAUAUCACUCCCCCCACCGGCAGAGGAGAAGCCGCCCCCGCGACCCAGCAGGAUCGUGACCCUGAAGCUGAAGAAGGCCAACGCCAAGCGGGCCAAGGACUUGUUGAGUCUGCCGUCGAAAUCGGCAAAGGACGCCCUCAAGAAGGAGCGGUCGAUCAGUGUGGAAGCAACGCCGCCGCCAGCGAGAAAACGGCCUCGGCCGGCGGAUGAGAUUGAGCAGCCCCCCGCUCCUCCGCCGGUCAUACCACCCAAGUCCCGGGGUGUCAAGGCGGAGCUCAUGAAGAAUAACCAUAACAGUCCGUCGACUCCGUUGAGGGUACCGCCGCAGGGUGGUAGUGCUUCCCAACCUACACCUCUCCGCCCCAACUCGACAACCCCGUUGAAACACAGCAUCACGGCGGCAGUGUCUGGGAGUGCCGAGGCGGUCACUGCUGCUGCUCGCCCCCCCACGAGGGAUGUCGCACCCCUCGACCCGAAAACAAUCGAAAAGUCGGAGCACCACCGGAAAAUCCACCAGGAGCUUGUGGCUUUGGGGACAAAGAUCAAGCACACGCGGGAUGACCUUUCCAAGUCUAGUCAUGGAAACCCCUCCCCCGCAGAAGAGAAACGGCUCUCUGCCCUCCACCUCGAGAUGGUCCUAACAUAUUUCCUCGCCUUUUACAACUUGAAUUUGUCGAGGACGUUGGCGGGGAAGUCGGGGGAUAUCCAGAUGUGGGAGUCGCUGCUGCCGCAUAUUGCGGAAUUGAGGGGGAGACAGGGGGUGAGGCAGAGUAGGUGUUUGAAGGCGUUGGCUUGCCAGCUGCAUGCGAGUUGUUUGGAUCAGAUUGUGCACGCGUAUUUCAUGCUUGAUGAGGGGAGCGCGGGGGUGUGGUUUAGGCGGGUUGGCGGGGUGGUGCAGAAGGGGGGGAGGAUGUGGGCUGAGGCGGAGGGGUUGGUUGGUUUGGUGGGGGAGGGGACGGGGCUGAGGAUGAGGGGGGGGGUUAUGGGGAUGGGCGUUGAGGAGGUUGUUAGGGAGGCGUUGGUGGUUAUGAGGAGGUGGGCGAAGGGGGAGGGGGUGGAGUGGGUUGGUGAGGGGGUAGGGAGGUGGGUUGGGGAGGGGGGGAAGGAGGAUGGGGGGGGGGUUGGGCGGGAGAGGGGUGGUGGUGGGAGGGAAAGGGAGAAAGAUGAGGGGAGAGACAGACACGGUGGAAGAGAUCCUCCGCCGAGAGAACAUCGUGAUCGGGAUCGAGAACGGGGAGGCGUGAGGGAUAGAGAUCGGGAUAGAGACCGAGAUCGGGACCACCCUCCGCGUGAGAGAGAAAGGGAUGGCCCACCAAGUCACCGUGACAGGGAUAUGUUGCGGGAUCGAGACCGUGACAGAGGAGGAGGACGGAACUCGGAGCGGGCGGGGAGAUGA